AUGGCUGACGAGAGACGAAGCCCGUCAUCGACUCCGAGUCCGCGUGGAGGGUCCCAAGACGCAAAUCACGAGACAACACUUUACGGACGGAUUCGAAAGUUCCUAUGUGCUUCGGCAACAAGAAACUGCUUACUCGUGCUCAGCAUGAUAUCCAAACUCUGCUUGGCUACGGCCGUGACGAUUCUCUGGGCGCGGACGAAGCCCUUUGGUCGUUUCGGGCGAAACGUUAUGGGUGAGCACUCUAGUGCCGGAACUCUUACCCCCUGGAGAAUGGGGGUGUUUUUCUCCUUAUCGUGGGUUAGCGUGGGCGACUUUUCUAUAACGAAUCUUCUGCGGACAAUUGAUUCUUUCAUGUACAAUCCUCCCCCGGAUGAGGUGCCUAUCCAGGACGAACCUGAGACUAUUAAGAUGACAUCGGUCGUAGUGCAGCAAGAUGCUCCUGCGCUGCCUUGUUUCGAGUUCGAGACAGUGACGGCAGCACAAGACGCUAAGGAGAGGAGCCUGCAUCCAAGGAGUGACAAGGGCAAUGAUGGUGACCAGGAAAUCCAAAAGGAUACUCCCACACUGCCUUUUAUCCAGUCCGUGAGAGUUAUAACCCCUCAAGACGCUGAAGAGGAAGAAGUUGUUCCUGCGCUGCCUGUUUUCGAGUUUGUGCCCGAGACAGUUACGACACCGCAGCAUACUGAGGAGGAAGAAGUUGUUCCUGCGUUGCCUACUUUCGAGGUCGGGCCCGAGACAGUUUCCACACCGCAGCGUACUGAGGAGGAAGAAGUUAUUCCUGCGCUGCCUUCUAUCAAGUCCGGGAUAUUUAUGACGCCUGAAGACACUGAAGAGGAAGAAGUUGAAGAAGUUGCUCCUGCGCUGCCUACUUUCAAGUUCGAGUUCGAGACAAUUACGACACCGCAACAUACCGGAGAGGAAGAAGUUACUUCUGUGUCAUCUUUGACCGAGUCUGAGACGAUGACGGCGCUGGAUGUUGCUGGACAAGGAGAUAAAUACUCAAAAGGCGAUGAACGCGAUGAUUGGUACGAGGACAACUAUUGCGGCCAGAGUAACAGCAGCAGCCAGAGCGACGACAGCGGCCAGAGUUGGGAAUAUCUCAAGGAAAUCAUUGACAUAUGGGGCGACGAUAUCUCCAUAGUAUCUCUUGAUGAGGAGUGA